AUGACAAAAUAUACAACCGCUGAACUUAAUCUAGAUGUUGGAUGUUAUUUACUAAAAUUUAUUGAUGGGCUAGACGCAACUAAUUUUAUCGAAGCAGUCAACGGUAGUCGACAAUUCUGGUCGAUUGCAAAAACAUCAGAUCAUCAUUUUAUUGAGAUGAUCAAAAAAUUAUGUGGUCACCAAAGAAUUCGACUGCCGCGUGCACUAUUUGAAGACUUCACAAGUGAGUAUGAGAUCGAUGAUGAACAACUCAUUACAGUCUCAAAGCACUAUUCUGAUGUCAUCGAGCCAUCUGAACGUCUAUAUAUUCAUCCAUGCUUUGGUACUGAAGGAUUUACAAAGUUGUGUGAAGUUUAUAAGACUUCUCUUUUCAAUUGCUAUUCUCGACUCUUACCAUUGAACACUGUUUGCUGCUAUUACAAUGCAGAUUUUGGACUUCUUGAUUAUGAAUGGUAUGGUCAUACAAUCGGAUCCGAACGUAUAUUAAAUGAACACGAAAAUAAAUUAUUCAAAGUUAAUACUUAUUUUAUUAAGAACCAAGAGCGCAACUGUUGUUUGAAUAUGACAUUUGUAUGUACAAUGGAAGAGUUCAAACAAAAUCUGGCUACACGUUUUUCAUCAGAUACAUGA